UUGAGUUGCGAGCUGCAUACCUGGCCUUGCAUAUGAUAAGCAUAAAGGAGGGAAACACAAAGAAGCAAACGCUUCUAUAUUUUCACUUGGAAUUUUCGAAAAAAUAUAGUGCAGACACGCCAACAUGGGUGGCGGCGAUCUGAACUUGAAGAAAUCAUGGCAUCCGCACACGAUGAAGAAUCAAGAACGUGUCUGGAAAGCGGAGCAGGCAAAGCAAGAGGAAGAACGCAAAUUGAGUGAUUUACGCAAGGAGAUCAACGAGGAACGCGAUCGCGAGCAGCUGAGACGCUUGGGCGAAAACAGCGGCGUCUUGGCCAGCAGCAAUGGCGGCGAAGCAAAGCUCGAAUGGAUGUACAAAAACAGCGCCGAGUUGAUCAAUCGUGAGGAAUAUUUGCUUGGCCGGAAGAUAGACAAGUCAUUUGAGCAGUUGGAGGCGGAGGAGCGUCGUCAGGAGCAGAGUGCCUUCGGGCUCAAGCAGUCCAUAAACCAUGUGGAGCAUGAAUGUGUGCCCUUCUCCAUACGGGAAUACCGCAACCUGCAGUCCACCGAGCAGGUGGAUAUGCAGCGGAAGACAAUGGAGGAUCCGCUGAUGCUCAUCAAACAACGUGAAAUGGAAUCACGUCGCAAAUUGCUCGAGAAUCCUGUGAAGCUCAAGGAAAUCCAUCGCAUACUUAAAACAGAACGUGAACAAGCUGCCAAACUUAAUAAAAAGCCCAAAAAGAGCAAGAAAUCCAAGAAAAAGAAGAAGAAAAAGGAAAGCAGCGAUGAUGAUAGCGAUGACAGCGAUAGCGACGAUGAUUUAGAUCAAAAACUGGCACGUCAGAUGAAGAAACUGAAGGGUGAAGGUGGUACAAAUGACGAAUUUAAGCUGGACAAACUGCUGGAUGCCAAAUACCGCACACUGACCAAGCAGCUGGACAUGGCAACCAACCAAAAGAAGCACAAAAGUAACAAGAAAUCUAAACGUCGCAGCGAUAGCAGCGGAGAUAGCGACAGUAGCCAGGUGGAGCCGGAAGAGCCCAGAGGAGGACGUGCUAGAAGCAACAGCAGCGAUGAUGAGCGCAUGAAAGCGAAACAGGAGCAGAGAGGAAGGCGUGAGAGGAGCAGAAGAGCACAGAGGAAGACGUGGCAGAAGCAACAGCAGGGAGAAAAAGUCAAGGGAGCCCAAGGAAGACGUGACAGAAGCCGGAGUGUCGAGGAGCGAACAACGCGAAGGGAUAGAGAGAGGGAAAGAGAAAGGGAACGAGAGACAAACAGAAAAGAAAGUUACAGCAGACAGAAGCGAAGCAGAAGUCACAGUUCCCGAAGAGAUCAACAGCAAUCCCGUCGCAGAAGCCACAGCAGGGACACAAAUCGAACGGACAAACGACAACGCCGCACUCCAAGUCCUACAGCUUCAGUUCAGACAACAAAAUCCAAACCGAAACUGAGUGAUAGCGAGCGGGAGGCGCGUCUGCGUGAGAUGAUGGAGAAUGCCACAUGGCGGGAGGCGGAUCGCACAAAGGUGGUGCAAAAGCAUCGCGAGGAAUAUGCCCGGGAAGAGGCACAGAAUCAAUCCCGUGACUUUGACAAACAGUUCAUCAACAAGGAGGUGAAGAAAGCCAUCGAUAAUCAAACCUCCAUUGGCAAUCGCAUCCGUUCCAAUCUCAACAACAUUCAACGCACAUCCGCCGCCAUGGAUGCCAACUUUGCGCGCAAGUAGAGAAGCUACUCCAAGACAUGGAGAUGGAGAAACAGCGAGAGAGUGAGAUAAAGUUAGAUGUAAAGACAGAAAGACUAUAGCUUUUAUUACACUCUUUUAAUGACUUCAACUCUUUAGAGAGUUGUGGAAAGCGAGAGUGUAAUAAAUUUAGAUAAAGACAUUCUCUAAUUGUAAGUCUUGAGUUAAGAAUCUUUUAUUUCACUCUUAAAUUCAUUUUAGCGUGUGUAUUAUUAGCUGUAAUUGUAGAACAUGGAAACCCAUUGUUGAAAGUAGUAAAAGAGCUUUCAGUAGAGCAUACCCGCCGACUGUCAAGAGUCCCUAUAUUAAUUCGAUAACAAUUUUUUUUUUUCGAUUUGUUCAGAUUAUGCAAAUAUUUAUACACAUUUUUUAUACGUUAUAAUGUCAGCUAGUUAUAAAUUUUCAAAUAGAGUUGUGCAACAUGAACUCUAGAAUUGACCUUGUUGACAUCAAAGUUGAGAUGUAUGUUUAACUUCCAAAAAAAAAAAUAAGUGUAGAAAAUCAAUUUUCUAUGGGACCUGCGUGAAAUUUGGCUAACAUGAAAACACCACAAAACCUAAACACCUGCUAUACACUUUAUUCUGUUAUAUCUUGGAAACUUUAAUGACUAUAGCAGGUAAAUAGUAAGAGACUUUAAAACCAUAAAUCAAUUUCAUAUAAAUGACAUAUACGAUAAUUUCGCGCAAAGGAAUCGAUAUAUAAAAUUAAGCAAAAGACAAUUUUCCUUUUAUUUAACUAUUUACAGAUACGAAAGAGUGAAUUGUAGUCAGAAUGUCAAUUGCAUUUAUUUAAAUUCUCAACAAUUAUGCAUAUUAGAGUAGAAAUUAAAUUAUUUGACAAGACAACAAAUUUGGCUGAUAGAACAGCUUUUAACUUGGUAUUUACUUUCUGGGCCGUAUCAUCAUAACGGCCUUCUUAAGGGAGUACCGUGAGCCGAACCCGGAAAUGGAAACCGUGAGGAUUUUGUUAUAGAUGUUGUCCUUAUAUUUUCCCGCCAAGUUGCUGUGAGUAUAAAAAUGUAUAAACGAAGCUUUACAACCAAUUAAAGUAUCCAUUGUAACUUUAGGGACAAUAACUUGACACAAUUGGUUCACCAAUGCGGAAUUCGGCGCAGUUUCCCUCUUGCCGAAGAUCAUUAUCACGAUCAAAUGUGGAAAAUUUCAUGCCAUGAUGAAUUCGAAAUGAAUCACCAGCAGUUCAAGAUGUAUUGCAUUGCUCCCGGAGUGUGUGUGUGUUUUCCAUUCGUCGCCGAUUGCAAAUUCAUCGUACAACUCAAACCUUUCAUCUCCCUCAAAAUCCUCGAGAACUACAAGUAACUCCUGUCUUCUCUCUGUCGUCAGUGCAUGUAUUUUGUCUAAGCCCAACAAGAAUUCGCCGUCCAUAUCUCCGAAUCCAUUUUUG